CUACGUGAGCCGAGGAAGCUGCGAGCCUUCAGUACGAAGACGCUUCUUCACACACAUCUCCGCCUAUGGGGUGUGGAGAGAGACGGUUGUGCAUCUCGUUGCUUUUGGCGCGUUCGCGAACACUAGCGAUCCAGUGAUUUUCGGAUCAGUUCCAUGAUGUGGCCUUCUCAAACAUGGCAAAAGUUGAGUGAGACUAAUUGGUCAAACUUGACCCUUCAUCUUGAGACGUCCCUUACCAACGCACUGAGUCACUUCCUGGAUAACUGGAGGCGCAAUGUGACUGCUGCAGGCAACGCUCUGGACAAGACUCUGGCUGAGGAGAACUUCAGGGACGUGAUCUGGUAUCUCGCCGUGAUGAUCGGCAUGUUUGCCUUCAUUAUUGUGGCCAUGCUGGUGAGCACAGUCAAAUCUAAAAGGAGGGAGCACUCUAACGACCCCUACCACCAAUACAUCAAGGACGACUGGACUGCUCAAAAACAGCAGGGCGAUGUCAUAGCUAAUUUUGAGGCUAGAUAAUGAGGGCAAAAUGAGGUCACAGCAAAUCUCUGCUGUGAAGACCAACAGAAAGUCAUAUAAAAAAGAGCCAUCAUUAAUCAGCUACCAUUACUAAUGAGCACAACAGCAGAUUUUGUGGUUAUUUCCUGAUAUCCUACUGCUAACCUGUUAGAUGAACUUCUGAAAGACUGCUUAUAUGUAGAUGUAUAACAAUGCAAUACUGGAAAUGUAUUAGGGAAAAAAAAUGUAGAUUAUGACAUGUUGCGCUUUGAAGCAUAUAAAGAUUUUGCAGUUUGAGCUCUUGUUUCUUUACUCUUACAUAUAUGCAUGCACACAAACAUACCUUUAGAUAAGACAGAGAGGGAGAGAGAAAGAAAUAAAGAAAAAGAAAAGGGGGAGGUACACAGAAUAAAGAUUUAUAAUUUUUAACCACUGUGAUGGCUGUGAUGUAAAUUUCCAGAAGUAUUUCUUGGCUGCUAUGUUUUAUUUAGUAUUGUGCACAAAAGUUGAGAAUUCCUUGCAUUGUGUAGCCAGUGCUGCAUGUGUCCAGAUGGCACCUAUUAUCUCAUUUUCUUUACUAAUCUACUCAAAUUACAGUCAGUGUUCCCUUGUUGUAAGUAAGUAUGGGCUGUGAGUUUCGGGCAGAACUUUACUUGAUAAAUGGCGCUCUAAAAAAAUGUAAUUGAAGUAUCAGAAGUCUAAGGUUUCCAAAGCAGCAAAAGUGCAUAGCGAACAUAAAGACAUUCUGACAUUCAUGCACAUUUUUCAAAGAUUCAGCUUUGUGUAAUCACACCUGCACAUGCAUUCCUGCUGUGCUGCGGCCAAAAGUGCUAAGAAAAGGUCUGUCAUCAGCCCAUACAUAUUUUGGCCUGAGGAGGGCAGCAGUACCUCUAUCCCGAGAUCUUACAAGCACCUAUAGUACUUCAAGCAAGAGCAUGAAUGCAAGACACCAAAGUAGAAGUGUUUCUAAUGCUUUUUUGUGGUUUCAGUGGAGUAAAGAUGGAGUUUACUAGCAAAAUUGUGUUAAAAUCUUUUGAGGUACAUUUAGUUAUGAGAAGCCAGUGUGACAUAACAAUUCAAUCACAUUCCAGCCAAAACAAAAGCUGUUAUAUUAUCAACACACUGGACAGCAGCACAGUGACUGUUCUGUUAUUUGCUUGUCCUUUGCGCAUCUGUUGCCAGAUUCCAUUAAAAUACACCAACAUUUUCCACUGUAGCACCAAGCUCCUUGUGGACUUUUGGUCCUCAUCGAUAUCUCAGAAUAACUAAACCCUCAAAUCUCUAGUGCUCAGCGUGCUUGUCCCACAUUACUAACUCUCCCAAAGAGACACCACAGUGAGCAAGUACUGUAACUCAUUAUUAAACCCCGACUGUCAUCCUUCGCUAUCCUCUGUUCUCAGUUUGCUGUUCUAUUUUUAGCAUUCAAACAACUGGUCUCCUAAAAAUGGGCCUAUCCUGCAUGAGUAGUGGAAGGGGAGUGCUGCUAUGUAUGGUAUCCACCCCCAGUGUCUUGCAGCCCUUGCAGUACUCCUCUUUCGCCUUUGUGUCUGCAGGCGUGAAGAAGUAAUGACGAAAGGAGUUUCUUGGCCCGGAGGAUACGUUAAAUUUUUGGAUUUCUUUGGACAUCGGGGGAUGCCUGCAAACUGCCACUGACGGACCAGCAAUAUUUCUAUUUCUUACAUUUCCUCAUCCUUUCAUA